AUGGUAGUACAAGUCUCUCUUGGAAAUCUGGCUUACGCCGCUCUUGUGGCUGGGGCUCUUUACCUGAUCUGUGGCGCUAUAUACAGACUGUAUUUUCAUCCGCUCGCGAAGUUUCCUGGGCCGAAAAUCGCCGCUCUGACAGGCUGGUAUGAAACCUACCAUGACUUGAUCCGCCGCGGGAUGUUUGUGUGGAAAAUCCAGGAAAUGCAUCAGGAAUUCGGGCCCAUCGUCCGCAUUAACCCACAUGAACUCCAUAUUAGAGAUCCUGAUUUCUACGAUGAGCUCUAUGCUCCUGCAUCCAGAAAGAGAGACAAAUAUAAGCAUUGGGUAGUCCUCGCUGGUACACCAGAGGCUUCCUUCGCCACGGUUUCUCACAACCAUCACCGUCUGAGACGGGGUGCGCUCAAUCCAUUCUUCUCCAAGCAAGCAGUUGCACGUAUGGAACCGUUGAUUGUGGAAAAGAUUGAAAGGCUGUGUGCCCGUCUACGGGAAGCAAUCCAGGCUCAGGUAGUCAUCCGAUUGGAUGCUGCCUACAUGGCUCUAAGCAUGGACGUCAUCUGUCAUUACGCAUAUGGGGAGAGCUACAAUUACCUCGCGCAUGAAGAUUUUCGACUCACCUGGAGAUAUGCUGUUGUUUCAGCACUGGAGAAUGGGAUCCUCCUACGCAACUUUCCGUGGGUGCUGCCGAUACUACAAUCUGUCCCCAUGUCAAUUCUGCAGAAGGUUGACCCAAACGCAGCUGCAUUGAUGGAAUGGGCAAAUAUAGUCAAAGACAAAGUUACGAUCAUGAUGGAAGAACAUACUAAGGGGAAUAAAAAUAAUGGAACUAUCUUCCACACAAUGCUCGAUAGUGAUCUUCCACCAGAAGAGAAAUCAGCGGAUCGAUUAAUUGACGAAGGGCAGUCCGUGGUCGGUGCUGGCAGCGAAACGACAGCGGGAACGUUAACGCUCAUUACGUUCUAUCUACUUAGGGAUAAGACGAUUCUAAACAAAUUGCGGGAGGAAUUAGCAUCAAUACCAGAUGGCAAACCCCGACUGCCGUAUCUAGAGAAGCUCCCGUAUCUGACUGCGGUCAUCCGUGAAGGUCUGCGGUUGAAAGUUGGCGUUAUGAGUCGCUUACCACGGAUUGCACAUGAACCUCUUCAAUACCGUGAUUGGAUAAUCCCUCCUGGAACCCCUGUAAGCGAAAGUGUUUACUUCAUCCAUCAGGACCCCAGUAUAUUUCCGGAUCCUGAAGAGUUCAUACCCGAACGAUGGCUUGAACAGAAGAAGAAUGGCGUCCGAUUAGAGCGGUAUUUGGUACCCUUUUCUAAAGGAAGUCGGUCAUGUCUGGGCAUAAACCUCGCUUGGGCAGAAUUAUACCUUACCCUGUCCACUGUCGCAGCUCGUUUCGAGAUGGAUCUCUUCGAGACCACGGUCGACGAUGUAAAACCAGAACGCGACUUCUUUGUUCCGUGCCCGAGAUUAGAUUCGCAGGGUGUGCGCAUUAAGGUUACUAGCAGUCUGUAG